GUCGAGUAAGGACGAGAGGAUUGACAUUCAGUGUGAAUAAUGCGAUGAUAACGAAGAAGUGCCAGUCAGGUAAACAUGAAACUGGUAUUAAUUUUGGAAAAUGACCAAGAUGAACAUAUUUAAAUAAAACUAGAAUCAAAUGCAUCAAUUUUGAUCCACAUUUGUGAGAUUAAAGCUUCAGCUGGUCGAGUAAUACGUUAUAGGAAGGUGGCUGAUGUAUGUGUUACAGACACUUAGUGCUGUGCAGAGGUGACUGCUGUACGUGAUAAGAAUUCCCAGCUUCUACAUGAAUAACGCCCAGAAUUUACUUGACACUGGGCCAGUGAACAGCGACCAAUGGGAAACUGUUUCUCUUGUUUCAAGGUCCCUCCGCCACCCGACCCGUCCACAGACCCUCCCUUGGAGAAGGACAAGGAAGAGAUUAUGGAGCUGUGUGGUAUUCUACAGCCAUCCCAAGAGGUGCACUGCUCACCCCUGACUGCUGUGGAAGCGCAGGUCAAUGGGAACAGCAAAGGUGCUGGAGUUCCAGGAUUCAUGCUGGUUGGGAGUGAUAACAGUGGCAGCUUGCAUCGAGACAAAACGACUAGGACGUUUUAUUCUCGCAUCCCUCCAUUGGGCCGCUCCACAAGUAGUGGAGGUGAUGGGAAAGGCAGGGAACCAUCAGAAGCUAAGCUUAAUGCUUUGUUCGACCAAUACUGUGACUCCAAUGAGGAUGCAAUGCUAGCUGAUGGCAUUGAGAGGUUAUGUGCAGAUCUGUCCUUGUCACCAGAUGAGUUUAAGGUGUUGGUUCUGGCAUGGCGUCUCAGUGCAGAGCAGAUGUGCCGUUUCAGUCGAGCGGAGUUUGUGAGCGGGUGUAGGGCAAUGCGAGUUGACUCUAUCAGGGCAAUCCAGGCUCGACUACCAGAGUUGGUAGUUGAAGUAACUAAGGACUCUGAAUUGUUCAAGGAUCUCUAUCGUUUCACAUUCAAAUUUGGACUGGAUGUUGAGUCAGGACAGCGAAUCUUACCGUCCGACAUGGCUGUCUGUCUGUGGCGACUGGUGUUUUCUGUUAGAGAGCCUCCUAUACUUUCUCGUUGGCUGUUCUUCCUGGAGAGUCACCCUCAUGUUAAGGGCAUCCCACGUGACACAUGGAACAUGUUCCUGAAUUUUUCUGAGGCUGUUGGUGAUGAUCUGAGCUCAUAUGAUGACACAGAGGCUUGGCCAAGCCUGUUUGACGACUUUGUUGAGUUUGAAAAUGACCAGAUGAACCAAAACAUCUCCAAGGAUAAAGAUGAAAUAAUUAAAUUAGACUGUAAUUAAGACUCUCUGCGUUUGAAAUCAUAAAAUGAAAAUGGAUCAAUAGUUAGUAUUUUUUUAAUUGUCACAACUAAGACUGAUAUUCAUUCAGGUGUAAAAUAGUCUUAAUUUUGCCUGUACUUCUCAUGCUAUUUACUGAUAAUUUAUUUAGAUUACUUUUUUAAUUUUAUGAGAGAAGUACAGAUAAUGGUAUGGCAUUGACAAGCUUGCGUGGUGUUCAGUUUGUAGCCAAAUGAUUCAUGCCAUUAAGAAACUGCCUGGUACAAUUUUAACAAGCUGCAUUCUGCAACCUAAUAUUUAUGUUUUAACACUCAUAUGAUUGUGACGUGCAAACAAGGGACGGUUCUUGCCUUCCUCAAGUCAAGCCAUAGACUGCCUUACGAUAUACAGAUGUAGGACUUAUAGCUGAUUUUGUCAAAUUCUGUUUGCCAUUGUUGCCAAAAGUAUGGUUGGAUGUAGUACACCCAGACUGCAUUAUAUGAGAAUAUUAAUUUAAUUUGAGGUUCAGUGAGACAAUGUGAUAAUGUAAAAUUCAUUGUGUUCAGUUUCAAUCAGGGCAACAAACCUAUUGAUAUGAAAGCUGUUUUUUUUUUGCCCCUCUAAAUGGGUAUAAAAUAGCAUGAGUCUGCCGUUCUUUCUGCUUAACAAACCUGUGAUUUAUUUGAGGAUAUUUAAAGACAUGCUGGUGCCUCAUUUUGAGAUUGUCAGUAAAAAUUAUCAGUGAUUGUACGUAAUGCACCUCAUGUAGUAGUUAUUCUUCCUGUUUGGGAAAAAUAAUUGUGACCAGUGGGUGCUAAUACUGGUACCUUAAUUUAUAUGGCUGUUCCUAUCUGAGAUAUUUUUGUUUAAAAAUUGCAGUGUCAGAUUAUGAGCAGUUAAAUAUUGGCAUAAUAACUGAGUAAGGUUUAUUUGUAGGGUCUUGUGUAUGUGUUUCCUGAUGCUUCUGUCAUGACCUGUGUUUAGAAGGAGUGUGAAGGGGGCAGGUGGGCUGUGCUAAAGGUAAAGGCUGAUAAAGAAAUUCUGGGGUGCAUCCAUGUUUCAGUACCUGCUCAGUUGUGAUGUUACCUAACUCAUCUGUAGCUACGAGCCUGAGCAGAUCAUUUAAACACAUGAAUUAGUGGAUGAGGGUUAUGUUUCCUCCUUCACUGUAAUGUGCACCUACCCCAUUCACAUUUCCCUCUUGUCAGUUUGCCAUACAGCCAGUUGCAGAAGCUUUAUCACAAUUUCUCCUUUCACCAUAUUUGUAGGUAAGGUGUGGGAAUCACACCAAAGAGCGGUAUGACCAACUGGUAACAAGUGAAUGCCUGAGAGUAUUGAUGUAGCUGGCUGGGAGAAGACAUUUGGGAUCUGUAUCAUGGCAGAAAUUUCUGGAAA